AUGAAGAUUGCAAAAGUGAAAGGCCUCCUACAGGCCUCUGCUCGUGUUCUUCAAAGUCUCUUGAUCGCCAACUAUCUCGGACCCUACAGAUACUACACUCUUGAACCAAUCAAAAAAAUCGAGCGUCACCAGAAUGAGGAUGAAAUGGAAGAGCUGGUUAAAGCAUUGGUCGACUUUCGUCAAACCAAGGACGAAGAGCUAUCAUUCGUGGCGAAAGCAGCUGCUCUAUCUGCAGCAGCGGUCAUCGGUGUCUUCUCAUGGCCUGCCACGGAGAAGACAGUGUGGGCCGCGAAGAUGCUCUGGAACUGGAGUUUUUUCAUGUCUACCUUCUCGCUUAUCGGCUCGGCUCCCAUGCGGCUACUCCAACACCUGCCCCAGCACCCGCCAGAUCAAAACGACAUGGAAUUUAGGUUCAAAAUUAAGAUGGCCCUGAAUUUGUUCUUGCAGCCUCGAGCUAAGCUUGAUGGUUCAAGUGACAAGAUAGGACAUCGUCGAAUGAGCAGGAGAAUGCUCUGGGUUUGGCAGUGUCCAGCCAUGCUCAUGAGCUAUUCCUGGGUCUUCUUUCUUGUCGGAUACGCGCUACACGUGUUGUCUCCAGUCUUUGAUCCGUCGCAAGCCAAAGUUUCGUCGCAGGUUGGUUAA